UCUUGGGAAACCAUGUGUCUUUCUGGUUGAGAUGAAAGUCGAAAUUAUUGCAUGUGUCAGGUGCUGGUGACAUAUAUUUGCAUAUUGGCCCCUCCCAUUUUAUUAGUACCUAGUCCAGGAAUUUCUAACCUCAGAAAGGAUCACAUCACAAUUCUAUUAGUGAGUGUGGAGACUGGUCAGUAAUUUUUGUAGGGGUUGAGUGAUCAUCGGAUCCACCAUUUGAUUUCUACUGAAUGAAGGAUCUAAAAUGAAUUCUAUGAACCUCGAGAUAGUUGCCUUAGUCGUCGAGUUUUGUGGCUGGGUCCUGGUAUGCUGUACCUUGCCUAUUGACUACUGGAAAUCAUCUUCACUCGAUGGCAAUAUCAUUACCACUGCUGUCCUCUGGUCUAACCUCUGGAAGAGCUGCUUCACAGAUUCAACUGGAGUUACUAACUGCAAGGACUUGUCAAGCAUACUGGGACAGGAGAGUCACCUCCAAGCUUGCAGAGGCCUCAUGAUUUGUUGUGUGACACUGGGGUUUUUUGGAGCCAUAUUUGCCUUGUUUGGGAUGAGGUGUACAAGGACUGGGGGAACAGACACUACCAAAGCUAAGAUUGCCUGUGUGGCAGGAGGCUGUUACAUUGUUGGAGGUUUCUGCUCUUUGAGUGCAUACUCACUAUACGCAAACAGAAUAACUGCAAUAUAUUUUGACCCUACUUAUGCAGACCAAAAAUAUGAACUGGGAAGUCCUUUGUUCAUUGGCUGGUCAGGCUCUGUACUCUGCAUUGUAGGUGGAUCAAUGUUCUGUUUAAUAAAUGGCAAAGAUUCUAAGCCAAAAAGGAAUAUUUACAGUUACACUGGAGGAUCAUCAUAUAUGACCCCUAACCGUAAAACUCAGAGGUCCAUGCAGGAGUAUAGAAGCCAGUCAAAAGAUCCUAAAACUCAGAGGAACAUGAGGGAGUAUGGAAGCCAAUCAAAAGAUCCUAAAACUCAGAGGAACAUGAGGGAGUAUGGAAGCCAAUCAAAAGAUUUUGAUAGAAAUGCUUACGUUGCAUUGCAGACAGCCUUAAAAAUGAAUCAAAAUGCUUGUGAGAUCGCUGCCUUGUUCCUGUGCAUUGCGGGCUGGGUCCUAACAACCUCUACCUUGCCUAUUGAAGCCUGGCAAGUGUCAACAGUUAACGGCAUUGUCAUUGUGACGGGAGAUUUUUAUUCCAACCUCUGGAAGAUGUGUGUCCACGCUUCAACUGGAAUCUCUGACUGCAAAAACUUUGAGUCCCUGCUGGCACUGCCAGUUCAAAUCCAAGUCUGCAGAGCAUUCCUGAUUACUAGUGUCAUGCUUUGUUUUUUGGGAGUCAUCCUUGCAUUGGUUGGGAUGAAGUGUACCAAGAUUGGAGGAUCAGAUAUAACCAAAGCUAAAUUUGCUUUUACGGCGGGAAUACAUUUCAUAGUUAGUGGUCUCUUGUCUAUGAGUUGUUUCUCGUUGUAUGCGAACCGAAUUACAUCAGAAUUCUAUGACCCAAAAUUUUAUCAAACAAAAUUUGAAUUAGGAACUGGCUUGUUCAUUGGCUGGGCGGGCUCAGUCCUUUGCAUUGCAGGAGGUAUUCUUUACUGUAUCGCAACGUCAAAAGUGGCGUUCCAAAAGAAAAGGAAAGGUUACAUUAACAAAGGAACACCCAUUACAAAUGAAAUUGUAAUGCCAACCACACAAAGUAAACCAAAACAGUUUGACAGAGCUGCCUACAUUUAGCAGAAAGAAGAAAGCUGGAGGACUGGGUUUGUUCACAACAUGCUGUACAGUUAUUUCACCUUGACUCUGCAUUGUAAAGAGUUUGCACACUGCUUAGUCCUGGAAAGCUUUCCUAACUAUGUGCUUUGACUUUCUUGAGAAAAGCAAACUCAGGAAUUGUUCAGUUAACUUCUUUUGGCAGAUCAAUUUUCUGAAUGAAAAAUAACUGUAAGUCUUGGCAUUCAAGUUAAUCUUUAGUUAUAAUGCCCUUUGCUGUCCCACCCUAAAUUAGGCCUUGCAAAUUUACAUUUAGUGGACUUGGGCAUUAGAAACACUAUAAGAUAGAUGUCAAAAAGUUUCCCAGGUAUUAGCAAUGACCUUUCUCUGAACAGAUUUCAGAUGUAAAGUGUAGUCAAUUAUACUAUAUACUUAUGUUCACGAGUGCUUGCAGUGCAUACUGAAAUAAGGCUGGUUUGCUAGUUUAUGAUAUCUAUGGAAAUAUGUAUAUAAUUUUUAUAUAUAAUUUUUUUUAAUGUAUUUCUUACGUUACUGUAAAUAUUUACCCAAAUUAAUGAAUGUCCCAUGCUUUUUUUUAUUAUUAUUUUUUUAUAAAGAGUUUUACUGUUAUUGUAUAUGGUAAACACCAUAAUGUAUACAUUGCUGUAACAUUUUUUUUCCCCCAAUAACACCCAGUGUUGGCCAAACACUCUUCUUCUGAAUUGUUUUCUUUAUUAACACUGCUGGUUUAGCUCCCACAACAGCCAUUAUUUCAAUAAUAGCAUCAGCACAGUUGCGCUAGCUUUGGAUUCACUAUGGCAUAUCCUCUCUCUAAUGCUGAAUGCUCCAGAGUAAAAGUUAAGAAAUGCUUUUGACUUUAAAUGAAUACAAACAUAAUUCAGGAUUAUGUUGCAAAAUAUAUUUUAGUAGUUCAACACUGGUUACAGGACAGUUGAAUGCAUUUUUGUAAACACUACGUAAUUUUAGCUUUUUACCUAAUCUCUUACACCAGUAACCUUUUCUAGAUGCUGGCUUUGUAGUCGAGAAACAAAAUACAAAUUAACAGUAGUAAUAGAACACCAUAAAUUACCACCAUUUUAGCAAGUAUGAAGAAAAGAAGACACUUCCAAUGGACGAUAAACAUGUCUAAAGACAAAGAAUUCUGUUCAGUUAUUUUUGUGAAUGAUUCUCAAGCUGCUGACCUGGAAAAUGUACAUGCAAUGUGUGGACAGUAUGACUUGGGCUUGUGGCUUGUACAAUGAGGGGGGGUAGGGGUAACCUCUGCCACACAACUAGGAAAGAAACUAUCGAAUAGGUUAUACCCCAAGCUUACCUGUAAAUUCUCAAUCGAGGUUUGACAUCAAGAGCCGUGCUAAAAUUACAACAUUUCAAUGUAAAGUAUGUUUGUGCAUCAUGAAAUGAUAAUGUUGCUUUGUUUUUGCCCUAGCAUUAUGCACGACAGGAACAUGAUCAUUUAGUCCUCUAUUCAGGCUGCUUAUAUAUGGGUAAAUAAAGUGUUUUCAUUG